AUGGUGCGCUUGCUGCUCUUUGCUGGCUCUCAGUCUCCACUCCCCAUCCGCUACCCGCACCCAGAUAAGCCCAGGCUCACUCUCCCGCCACUGGUGCAUCGCUCACUCCACACGGCACUGGAUGCCGCCCCACCCUCGGCCCUCUUCUCCGACGACCUCCUCUCCAUCCCCCAGCCUGGCACUUUGCACAAGCACGAGCCGGAGACCGAUCACGACGCAACUGUAAAGGUACAGGUUUGUGCCGGUGCGACUGACUACCUUGCGGCGAUCGAGGAGGCGCUGGGAACGGUCGCACGCGUCAAGGGGCUGAGCGUGGUGGAGACGGCACUGGUGGGCCUGCCAGCGGGCACUGGGACGGAUGAGUGGAACACGAUCUGGUGCGCGCUCGGAGGCAUAGGUGGCGCGUCAGUGGCCAAGUGGGGAACGAUCGGGCUGGAUGCAGAGCAGCUCUCCAAGUUGGACGGCAAGCCGGUGGUCAACGAGAUCAACGUGACGGAUUGCGCGACGCUGCCAAAGGAGUUUACAGCGUUUGCGCGCGAGCGGGGUAUGCACCUGUGGGCCAGCGGCGGUGGAGCGGGACCUGAACCACUCCCUUCGGCCGACUUGCACAACCUCCUCUCCGAGUUCCAGCCAAAGCUGGCGGCGCUCGCUCCCACCGCCAACACUCAACCACUCGCGCAGCUGAUUACCGUCACGCCAGAGGGCAUGUACGAGAACGCGGUGCCGGGCGUGCGCGUGCGCUGGGUUGUGACGUACACACUGGUCUCGCGCACCCGCAACAUUGUCAAGGACAAGGGGUUCAUUGUCGCAGCCGACUUUGCUUAG